CCAAUUCCAUCGAACACAUGAGGAAGAAAUUCGAGCACGCUAUCGGCCUGCCUGCCGACGUGGAUGGUGGCAGAGGUGGGAGGCAGAAGGAGGGCUUGAAGGAGCGGGGCGACGAGGCCAUGACCAAGGGGCAGCUGCCGAAGGAGCCGCCCGAGGCCUCAGAGGGCCGACCACUCAGCCACACUCCGCCGUCAGCUCCCCGCCCCGCCGUGCGAUUCGGCAGCGACAGCCCCCAAUCAAGCCAGCCCCUCCCCACGGCCCAGCAGCCCCUGUCGCCCCUACGACCGCCGUCUUCGAGUGAGUCCGACUCCGACUCCGACUCCGAUUCUGAUUCUCGUUCCUCCCCUUCUUUCCCACGGGCCUCCCGGCCAUCACACUCUGCCGACCAAGACAUUCUGACCCCUUCCAGUGGACCAGAUGAUGCACCGCCGCAGCCCUCAUCUCCCAGUGCGUCCCCCGAAUCGUCGACGACGGGGGAGCAGCUGGAGAGCCCUACCGUCAACGAAAGUCUCCCCCUGGAGCCGCUGGGGCUGUCACAUGCGAAGUCCGCGAGAACGGAAGAAGAAGUGCUGUCGGAAUGGAAGCAGGUGAGAGCGACACGGGUAUCAGAGGUGCGAGUAUGUAUUAAGUUUUGUGUGUCUGUCUGUCUGUCUGUCUGCAGAUGAAGGAGCGUCUCUUUAAGAAUGCACCACCCGAGCUCAAGACGGAGGCCGGCGAGCGGGUGUUAUCGAAAAAGUUUAAGGGCAUGAAGGGCAUGAAGAAGCUCCUUGCCGGGACGGUUUACUGCUACGACAGCCGUGAGGCAAGCUCUGCCUCUGAUUCCCUACUGAGAGCCCCACUGACGCUCACCGAGGAGAAACAACUCGAGGAUGUGGCGGGAAAGGGAGCUCUCAUAUUCAAGAAGAUCGACCGUGGCAACACACAAGUACUGAUUCCGAAGCAUACAGCAGCCUCCUGGCGCUCAUUUGCCGUUGGUGUGUGGGUGUGUGUGCGUGCGUGCAGUCGUCUGAAUCCUCUGAGUCAUCAACUCUUCCAGAGGUGGUGGUUCAUGCGUGGCUGUCGAUGCACGCUCGCCAAGAGGUCAGACGACUGGCCCCGAAGCUCUACGGCAUCGUCAGUACUAAGAAGAAAGACCAAAGGCUGGGAACGGAGUCAACGGACCACUGGAGUGUCAGCGGUGAGUGAGUCGGCACCAGACGCGUAGUGCGCCGCCGUAACCGUGGUGCUCUUUCAUUUGUUGGUCGAUGUCCGUCUGUCAGAGUUCAUCUCUGGUGGCUCACUGGAUCGUAGGGAUGCGCAGGAGAUGCUUAGAAAGAUGUCUUUUGCUGAGAAGGCCAAUCUCUGCCUUCAGGUCAGUCCGCCCCCCGCACCCUGUCCAUCUCGUGCUUCAAUGUGUCUCAUUCUCGUUGCGUUUGCUGUGUCACCUUCCCGUUGUUAUGGGUGCAGUUGUUGCGUCACGUUGAGGAGCUUCAUUUGCUGGGCAUCGCACACGGCGACCUGUCGCUGGGAAACCUGCUGUUACGCCGACGAGGCCGCGGCUACGAACUACUCCUCAACGACUUCGAGACUGCUGGUACGGACACGACAGCGAUUGACGCCUUGCCUGGCGUCUUGCACUCGCACACACCGCCACGCACACACUCUACGCUGUCAUGGAUUUGCUCUGCCUGUUUGUUGAGUGCAGUGGCUGCUUUGGACAAGAAAGGAGAGGAGAAGUGGCUCGAGGCAUAUGAAAUAAGAGGAAAAGGAGGCACCAAGCCGUUCAUGGCCCCAGAGAAAUACCUCAUGUCGCCGUUCGCCCAGGGGGGCAAAGACCAGGACGGCAGAAGCGAUGGCGGCAGCCAGGACUGCUCGAAGGACCUCGUUUGGUAAGGACCUAAUGCACAAGUGUGUGUGCUGCGCGGCAAGGGAGACAUGAUUGUGUGUGUCCUUUACAGGUGUCCAUUUCGCAAUGACAUAUGGGCUUGCGGGGUGCUUAUCUACAUGAUCCUCAAGAACGGCAUCGAGCCGUGGAAGAUGGCAGACGAGGACAACAACGAAUUCAAGUCCUUCGCAAACGAGGUCAGCUCAGGACAGAGAAACACAGCAUUAGUGUUUGAUGUACCUAUGUGUGUGCAUCUGUGCAGCAUAAGUACAACUUGGUCAGCUUUGCCCAGGCCGUCUCUGAAAUGGAAACAAAAGUCCUCGGUGAGUACUCAUGCGGGCAGCCAACCGGGUCGAAUACAUACACGCAUUCCUCUUCUGUUCCUCUCUGUGCGCAGACGUCGCUGGCAGUGCACUGGCCAUGGACCCAAUACAGCGCCCUUCCAUGGAAGAGAUGGUGGAGAAACUCGGGCACGCCAUCGGCCUGCCCACCGAUGGGAAAGGUGGCAGCGGUGGGCGGAAGAAGGAGGGCUUGAAGGAGCGGGGCGACCAGGUCAUGACUGAGGGGCAGCUGCCGAUUAGAGAGCCGCCCGAGGCCUCAGAGGGCCGACCACUCAGCCACACUCCGCCGUCAGCUCCCCGCCCCGCCGUGCGAUUCGGCAGCGACGGUCCCCAAUCAAGCCAGCCCCUCCCCACGGCCCAGCAGCCCCUGUCGCCCCUACGGCCGCCGUCUUCGAGUGAGUCCGACUCCGACUCCGACUCCGAUUCUGAUUCUCGUUCCUCCCCUUCUUUCCCACGGGCCUCCCGGCCAUCACACUCUGCCGACCAAGACAUUCUGACCCCUUCCAGUGGACCAGAUGAUGCACCGCCGCAGCCCUCAUCUCCCAGUGCGUCCCCCGAAUCGUCGACGACGGGGGAGCAGCUGGAGAGCCCUACCGUCAACGAAAGUCUCCCCCUGGAGCCGCUGGGGCUAUCACAUGCGAAGUCCGCGAGAACGGAAGAAGAAGUGCUGUCGGAAUGGAAGCAGGUGAGAGCGACACGGGUAUCAGAGGUGCGAGUAUGCAUUAAGUUUUGUGUGUCUGUCUGUCUGUCUGUCUGUCUGCAGAUGAAGGAGCGUCUCUUCAAGAAUGUACCACCCGAGCUCAAGACGGAGGCCGGCGAGCGGGUGUUAUCGAAAAACUUUAACCGUCAUAUGGAAGAGUUCCCUGACUUCCCGAUCUACCUCUAUGACCUUGAGGACAUCCGCUCCGGCUCCAAAGCGCCACUCUUGUCGGAAAAGCCAUUAAUACUCGCCAAGAAACGGCUCCAGAACGUGGCAGAGGGGGGAGUGCUCAUGUUUAAAAGGAUUGACCGUCGUCACAUACAGGUAGUGUUAUCGGAGCAUACAGCAGCCUCCUGGAGCUCAUUUGCCGUUGUUGUGUCUGUGUGCAGUCAUCAGUUCCUGAGGUGGUGAUUCAUGCGUGGCUAUCACAGCACGCUCGCAAAGAGGUCAAGCGAAUGGCCCCGAAGCUCUAUGGCAUCGUCAGCACUGAGGGGGGAGAACAAUGGAGUGUCAGCGGUGAGUGAGUCGAUACCAGAAACAAACUCGCCAAUGCGCACCGUGGCCAUGACGCCCUUUCAUGUGUUGGUCGAUGUCCGUCUAUCAGAGUUCAUCUCUGGUGGCUCACUUGAUGAUUGUAAUGCGCGGGAGAUGCUUGGGAACAUGUCUCUGGCUGAGAAGGCCAAUCUUUGCCUUCAGGUCAGUCCGCCGCCCCGCACCCUGUCCAUCUCGUGCUUCAAUGUGUCUCAUUCUCGUUGUCUUUGCUGUGUCUCCCUCUCAUUGUCUUGGGUGUAGUUGUUGCGUCACGUCAAGGCGCUGCAUUCGCUGGGCAUCGCACACGGCGACCUGUCGCUGGCCAACCUGCUGUUGCGGCGACAAGGCGACGGCUACGAACUACUCCUCAACGACUUCGAGACUGCUGGUACGGACACGACAGCGAUUGGCGCCUUGCCUGGCGUCUCGCACUCGCACACACGCCACGCACACACUCUACGCGGUCAUGGAUUUGCUCUGCCUGUUUGUGGCGUGCAGUGGCUGGUUUGGACAAGAAAGGAAAGGAGAAAAGGAUCGAGACAUGUGGAAUAAGAGGAAAAGAAGGCACUAAGCCGUUCAUGGCCCCAGAGAGAUAUCUCAUGUCGUCGUUCGCCCAGAGGAGCAGAGACGAGGGCGACACGGGCGAUGGCGGCAACCCAAACGGCUCGAAGGACCUCGUGUGGUAAGGACGUAAUGCACAAGUCUGUGUGCUGAGCGGCAAGGGAGACAUGAUUGUGUGUGCCGUCUGCAGGUGUCCAUUCCGCAAUGACAUAUGGGCUUGCGGGGUGCUUAUCUACACGAUCCUCAAGAACCGCAGGUGCACGUGGGAAAGGCCAGACGCUGAGGCCAACGACGAUUUCAAGUCCUUCGCAAACGAGGUCAGCUCAGAAACCAGGACAAAGAAACACACCAUGAGUGAUUUAUCUGUGUGUGCAUCCGUGCAGCACAAGUACAACUUGGUCAGCUAUGCAGGGGCCGUCUCUGCAAUGGAAACAAAAGUCCUCAGUGAGUACUCAUGUGGGCAGCCAGCCGGGUCGAAUACAUACACGCAUUCCUCUUCUGUGCCUCUCUGUGCGCAGAUGUCGCUGGCAGUGCGCUGGCCAUGGACCCAAUGCAGCGCCCUUCCAUGGAAGAAAUGGUGAAGAAGCUCAAGCACGCCAUCGGCCUGCCCACCAACGGGAAAGGCGGCAGCGGUGGGCGGAAGAAGGAGGGCUUGGAGGAGCGGGGCGACCAGGUCAUGACUGAGGGGCAGCUGCCGAUUAGAGAGCCGCCCGAGGCCUCAGAGGGCCGACCACUCAGCCACACCCCGCCGUCAGAUCCCCGCCCCGCCCUGGAUUCAAGCCAGCCCCUCCUCACGGCCCAGCAGCCCCGGUUGCCCCCGCAGCUGCCGUCUCCGAGUGAGUCGCGCGCCUCCCAGCUGGCUCAAGAGACGCCACCUGACGGACCAGAUGGUGCACCGCGGCAGCCCUCACCUCUCCGUGCGCGUCUCUGUCGUGUCCGCGAGGGGACAGGCAACGAGGGCUUCCUGCAGUCAACCGCCAGCUCAAGACUGAAAGAAGUCCAGCAACAGCCGUGUUUGCCACCAGCGCGUCUCCGUCGCCUGCGCUGGGUGACAGGCAACGAGCGCUUCCUGCAGUCCACCGCCAGCUCAAGACUAAAGGAAGUUCAGCGACGUGUGCGGGGCUGAGUUCGUGACUGUGAUUUAUGGUGACCACCUUUGAUUUAGCGGGGCUGAUCGAUCAAUCGCUUUUGGGAGG